AUGUCUAGAAGAACUCGUAAUACCGGCGUUCGCGGCCCGAACUCGGCCUUGACCGAGUUUCUUCGUGUAGAAGGUAUCACAGACGCAUUUCGUCAAAGACAGGGCCGUCAGAGAGCUGGAUCAGGCCGUGGAUCGGGCGCAGUCUCGGAAACGCCUGAGACGGAUGCCACUGCAACCAACGGUACGACUAGUUUGGCAGAAACACCCGGUGCAGACGUGUCAAACGAUCUCUCUGAUGACGACAACGAUGUGGAAUACAGAGACGAUUUGUUCAACCCAGAUGACUUCAAGCAGCUUGGUCAGGAAGAUACAUGUGUAGAUUGCGGAAACCCAUUCACAUUGACUGUGUACUCGCGCUUCAUCGAGGCGUCGAAAGGGUAUAUCUGUGAAGACUGUAACGAACUUCUUCGUAAGAAGGAACGUAAUGUGCGAAAGACUCAGCAGACCGCGCGCAAGAGACGCAAAAAGGUGGCCAAGGCAUUGUUGGAUAAGAAGACGGUGCGCAUUGCAUCCCUUCAAGAUAUCUGCAUUCGUGCCAUCUCCAGCCAUAUUGAGGACGUAGAUGCUUUGGGCGACAUCGGCCAAACUAAUAUCAAUAAGAUCCUGAAGAUUCUUUCGAAAAAUAGGUCUUUAAACGACUCUACAGUGACACUUUUCUUGAAUCCUUCCAUCAAGGUGCUAGAGCUCUGGGAUUGUUCCAAUGUCACCAGUGACUCAUUCAACAAAAUCGCAGCUUAUUGUUCCCAACUUGAGUCCCUUACUCUUUUCAUGUGCGGUCAGCUCCAUAACGAUAACAUGACAUAUUUCAUAGACAAGCUUCCAAACCUUAAGAAGCUCGCGCUCAACGGCCCUUUUCUUAUCAGCACUCCACAAUGGGUCGACUUUUUUGAAAAAGCCGAAAGUCCCCUCGAACAGUUUGAGGUGCGUAACACUCAUCGCUUUGGUAAUGACUCCUUGAUUUCUUUGCUUGAACGCCGUGGCAACCAAUUGACACUGUUGAAGCUUUCCCGGCUCGACGGUCUCGAUUCGGAACCAGUCUAUGGGCUAAUACCACAGUACUUGGCUCCAAGUAGACUAGAAGAACUUGAGUUGUCUCACCCUCACCAAGCAAACCUUAUCGACGAUGAUCUCUUGAUCCAUAUUCUAGCCACUACUGGCGAAACAAUAAAGUACUUAAAUGUCGACGGAUGCACACAAUUAACUGAUUCCUUUCUUACUGAAGGUGUGGCUAAAUUCUGUCCUGUUCUCGAGACGUUGUCUAUGAGAAAUUUGGAGCUAAUCACGAAUGAAGGUAUGAGAGACGCUUUUGAAGAGCUUGGGCAAAUCAACUACGGUGGUCUACUGUCAAUUGAUCUCACAAAAUGCACAGGACUCGGAAACGAGGCCAUUGAGGCCAUCUUUAAACACUCUGGAAAAACAUUGGUGGAGGCCUCCAUCAAUUCGGUCAACAAUCUUACAAACUCUUUCUUGGUGCAAAUACUCACGGAUGACAAAGAUGAGAGCAAAGUCUUAAUUCAAAAAUCUAUAGAAGACGGCGUGAAUGAUGGCAUUGAUGAAGCACCUCCAAUGGAAGUGGAUGGCGAUGAAGAAGGCGACGAUGAAGGCGAUCUAGAGGCAUAUUCUUCGCAGCCCACUAAAUCGAAAGUGGUCUUCUAUCUGCAGCAAUCACUCCCUUUACUCACCAAAUUGGACGUAGGAUUUGUCCGUGCUUUCGACGACCUGGUGUUGGAAAAGUUCAGCGAGGAAUGCCCAAAGUUAGCCAUCGUGGAGGUUUUUGGAAAUAACAGAUGUACAGCCAAGGCAUCUGUCCGGGACGAUUUGCUCGUUAUUGGUGUCCAAGGUGAAAAUUUGUAG